AUGUCUCUUCGCUGGCUGAUCGCGACCUCCUUCGCUCUUUUCACCAUCCUUAUUAAUGCUCUGCCACCCCAACGCAACUCGAGCGAGAACCCCGAGCUUUAUUCCUCUGAGCAUUCACACAAGCUUGACAAGCGUGCCCGCCGGCCAAGACUCCGUUCUCAGAACCCCGCGUUCUUCUACCUCGCUGCCAUUUCGCGUGCAAAGACAAAAACGCCUGACUUCGACCCCCCUGGAUCUAUGAAUAUGACCAGCUUCGACACAAAGACGGCGGAAUAUAAAUCAUGGGAUCCUGAGCCGAGAUGGAUUAUAUCUAAGCCCAUCCCAAGAGGGGAAACUGAUCACAAGGACGAUCCCGAUGGCCAUGGAACUUGUGUUGGGUCGCUAAUUUCCAGUCCCAAAUACGGUGUCGCGAAAGGCGCGUCACUGGUGAUCGUGAAGACUCCAUUCUUGUAUACGCCAUUUUCCAAAAUGACCGACACUCACGCCGUGAAUUUUCUAAACACACUGUGGGAUGUUGCCAAGGAUAUCAAAGCGGUUCUCAAGGACAAACCAUAUCUCAAGGGAAAGAUAUUCGUCAAUUUCUCCGCCGGGAUAAGCAAAAAACUGGCUGAUUGGUUGGGGCCGCAGGACAUGAAUGAUAUCAAGAAGGCGUUCAAGGAGAUCGAUAAAUUGGCGAUGGUUUAUGUUGCCGCAGGGAACAGAUACCCCCUUGCCAGCAAAAGAGAUAAUUCCAGGGCUACCCUCUUCGAGGAAGACGCAUUAUACCCCGAACGAUGGCGGGGUGAACUCCCGCAUACAACAUUCGUUGCCAUGGCUGAUGAAGAUGGCCUCCGAAGUCGAUGGUCACUCAUGCCUGCAGCGGGAGCGCUAUGGGCAGUUUCCGAAUAUAUCCCUUGUGCUCCUCUUCAUGGCCAGCAGGUGAAAAAAGAAAAGGGAACCUCUCUCGCUACUCCUCAAGCUGCUGCAUUGGCUGCCUAUGCUGCGACCUUGCCAUAUAAGCCCUUCUAUCUUCCCAAUCCCCAGGAGGAUUUUGACGGAUAUGUGGCUGAGCUGCAAUGGGUGUUGGAAUCAAGUUCUUGGAGGCUGCAGGGGGCCAGGGGGGUAAAUUCGAUCAACCGUGAUGACCACAGACCGGCAGUGCCUUUGAUUUCGAAUCGAUUUUGUGAGAGAGUCAAGGGCGAAGGCCUUUUGGGGUGUGGAUGUGGGUGA